CAGCCUCCUCGCGCUGCGCAUCUCCCGCGGGAGACUCGGAGACAUGCGGCCCGCUCGCUCAGCCACCUGCUCCACCAUCCGUUCCACCACCCGCGCCAGCUGUUUCAACUCCAGCUGUUCCAACUCCAGCUGUUCCAGCUCCACCACCCGCGCCAGCUGUUCCAUCUCCAGCUGUUCCAACUCCAGCUGUUGCAGCUCCAGCUGUUGCAGCUCCAGCUGCUGCUGGUGGUCGCAUCGUCAACUCCGCGCCAAAGUCGCCGUCGCACCCUCAUGUCCGCUGCGGCGGCUGCUGCUGAUGCUGCUGACGAUGAUGCUGUUGACGAUGCUGAUGAUGACGGUGGUGGGGUCACAACCUGUAGCAGAGGCAACGAGUCGCUGGACACUCGGCACCACCGUGGCUGCUGCUGCUGCUGCUGUCCCAGGGGUCUCCCCGGGGUCCCCGCAUGCGACCCCCCGGCCAAGAGGGGACCCCGCAUCUCCGGACCCCGUGUCUCCGGACCCCGCGUCUCCGGACCCCGUGUCUCCGGACCCCGCGUCUCCGGACCCCGUGUCUCCGGACCCCGCGUCUCCGGACCCCGCGUCUCCGGGCCCCGACCCCGAAGGUGCAGAGGAGGACACGAGCUCGGAUUGUCCUCCUCUUGAUGAUGACGCGGGUGCACGUGCGGACGCUACGUGCAACAUCUCGCUGACUCCGGGCACCACGGGGCUCCAGGCGCGGUGGAGCGGGACCGGCUCCCCGCCGUGCGACCUCCACAUCUUCUCCACCAACCCGGGCCGCGCCUCCUCCUUCUCCACAUCCUUCACCCGCGUGCGCUCCCCUCUGCUCCUGGAGAGACACCUGGGCGAGGACGAUGGCCACGGCUACAGAGCUUGCGUCUCGUGCGCUCCGACGGCCUCCCUUGGCCUUCGGGCCCCCCGCGCUCGACCCUUCUGCUGCCGGGACAUGAGCCGCGCCGAGGUGUACCUGUGCCCGGGCUGUGGUGGCGAGGGGCCAAGGGUCCGCGAAGGCGGCAGGGGGCCGCUGGAGGCCGCCGUCGUGGCCUGCUUCAUGACGGCGGUGCUGACCGUCUGGGUUGUGGCCGCCCUGGUGUGGCCGGUUCCCAUCGUCGCCGAGUUCCUGCCCAGCCUCCUCACGGAGCCCCGCGGGCGCCGCGUGGCCGCGCGCCGCUAACCCGGGCGGCGAGCGGCCGAGCCGAGCGUGGCCCUCUGUGGUGUGGCUCGAGCUUGGGGGAGGCUACAAACGUCACGCUCCGCGAUUUCCCACGACCUCAGGUGACGGCGUGUGUGUGUGAGUGAGUGCUGGUGGAUCACGUUGAGUAACUGGAGAGAGAUGUAAGUGGCUUCACUGCCCACGCGUCGUCACAGAGACGCGUGGGCUUGAAGCGGGGAUCGAGAGAGAAUGCGGGAGCAGAGAAGUGAAGGAGACUGAUGACUGGUGGGGAGGAAGUAGAUGUGGGAUCUGGAAGCAGGUGGCUCAUGGAGGGUAGAGGAGAGGUCUGCGAGAUGGUGGUGGCGAGACGUGACAGGUGCCAGGUGGUGAGAGAGCGAUGGACGUGGGAGUGAGUGGGGAGAAGAUUUGGGAGCGGCUACCCAGGAUUCCAACGGUGACGGCAGGGUGGAGGAGACCGAGUGAGCCGUGCCACCAACGUGGAUGUUCACAUCGUGGUGGUCGCGAGAGGGGCCGCAUCUUCCCGGUGCUGAGAAUCGCGGCGAGCGAUGCCACCGAGUCGCGCCCACAGAGUCACGCGCGCGGACCGGGGACCACGUGAUGGCAGUACAGCAAGUAGCUGCAACUCGCCUGCCGUGCGGCCUGCAUCGCCGACUCUCCGCGUGUUCACCUCGAGGACGCGUGAAGUGGUGUUCUCCAGGUUCUCCGGUUUCCCGUACAGUUAAAGGAGCAGCUCCGCAAUUGCUCGCCACGCCACUUGCUGGCGGUAGUGGCCGCCACUUGGCGGAGCUCUCGAAAGCCUCUCCCAGAGUGGCCACGUGGCCUCACUCUUUCUGACUGACCAGAUGUCUUGGGAGAGCUGAGAGUACCCAUCACACUUUACCCCACCACGCGAGAACUACCGAUUCAACUGAUGGCUGUGAUCACAUUCAGACUGCUGGAUAGAGGGGGAGGGGGUGAAAUGUAAUAAAAUUGCUUCUUUGUUUCAACUGCCGCGCCGCGAGAUCGAUCCGGGAUUUGCAAGUAAACUGUGCUGACCAUUGCGCAACUGUGGCAGCAUCUCAUGCAAACACGACAAACCCCGCCUGCUUUAUUUAAAACAAGAGGUGGCCAAACAUCCAAUGGAGCAGGACCCCUCUUAAAAGAGUCUUGAGACUCAGCGAGGCUCCACUCGCGGAGUAUCAAACCCCGUGACUCAACCGGCUCUCUUCAGGGCUUCUCCUGGCGCCGUGGUGGCGACACAUCAACCACCUCG